CCAGCCUUCAACCACCUGAAUAUCUAUGAACUGCAAAAGUAUCGUACACGUACUCGUAUAACUGCAUUACAAAUUAUUUCCUCAGCAUGAGAAAUAAGAUUUGCAAUGCAGAUUUGUCUUGGGAACAAGCUUUGUAAUGCAAGACUUGCACCAUCACCAACAUUUAGACGAGUGCGAUAGCUUUGCACAGGAUAAUAUCAACGACUCCAGCAAAUGGAGCAUUGUCUCCACCGAGAGCCCAGAGUUUGAAAACUUUCUCGGGAAGUGCCGGGAAAUCGUUCAAGUAGAAGAAGAACAGGUCGCACAACAAUCGCAACAACCUGUCGCGGCAAAAAAUAAUCUUCCCGCAAACCAGCAGCAGAAAACCGGCAAUGAUG